CUCCUCCUCCUCCUCCUCCUCCUCCUCCUCCUCCUCCUCCUUUUCCUCCUCCUUCUCCUUCUUAUACAUAGUAUACUGACUCCGCUAUUUCUAAAAACGUAACGCAAUCGUGGCGACGUAUGCGAGGAGCGCGCCAGAGAAACCACGAGUGAGAAGGCGCGACGCACGAACAGCGAGUUGUAUUAAUUACGAGAUAAUUGUGCGAAAAAUAAAAAGGCAAAGUGAUAUAAUAGUGAAUAAUUGAAAAAUCAGCGUUAACGUUGUGCAAAACCAAAACGUGAAAGGACUACUGUUGUUUUGAAUCUUAAUUGCAACGUCGUCUGUCUCUUGCUCGUUUACGUUUAACGAUCACUUUUUCUUUCCGUUUCCCUCUCUUUGCAAUACCUUUUUUGUUUUUGUAUCUUUUUCUAUUUUCGCGUGACCGCCAUAGGAGUAAUCAAGUAAUUGCGAUGUGUGAUAAUACUAACACGACGACGCAGAGUAUAGCGGACUACCUGUCACAGUUACUAAAAGAUCGAAAGCAGUUAGCUGCUUUCCCUAAUGUCUUCAUACAUGUAGAGCGCCUACUAGACGAAGAAAUCGCAAAAGUGCGGGCAAGUCUUUUCCAGAUUAGUGGCGUCAAAAAGGAGCCACUAGUUCUACCGGAACCAGAGGGCGAUAUCACAACGCUUACGGAAAAAGUUUAUGUACCUGUUAAAGAACAUCCAGAUUUUAAUUUUGUUGGAAGAAUUCUUGGACCACGUGGUAUGACAGCUAAACAGUUAGAGCAAGAAACAGGAUGUAAAAUUAUGGUUAGGGGAAAAGGUUCUAUGAGGGAUAAGAAGAAGGAAGAGUUAAACCGAGGUAAACCAAACUGGGAACAUCUGACAGAUGAACUGCAUGUUUUAUUGACAGUUGAGGAUACUGAAAAUCGUGCAACUUUGAAACUUGCCAGAGCUGUAGAAGAAGUGAAGAAACUUCUUGUUCCCGUGCAGGCUGAUGGAGAGGACGAGUUAAAGAAGCGGCAGUUAAUGGAACUUGCUAUUAUCAAUGGAACCUAUCGGGAUUCUAACACGAAAGUUGCUGCAGCUACAGCUUGCGACGAAGAGUGGAGACGUGUUGCAGCAGCAGCGGCGGAAACACAACGGCUUCUUCCAGGCUUGGCCACACCUAUGAGGACACCUAGUGCUCCGUUGGGAGCUCCAUUAAUACUCUCGCCACGGAUAUCUGUCCCAACCACCGCGGCAUCUCUUCUAAACGGUUCGGGUCCACCAGGAUCUCUUCUUUCUGCCGGUGAUCCCCAUGGUUUAAUUUACACGCCAUAUGCCGAUUAUGCCAACUACGCAGCCUUAGCAGCCUCGCCUCUCCUCGCGGAUUACACUACUGCUGAUAAUUCUGGUGCAGCAGCCGCUGCAAAGCAACGUAGACACUUGGGUCAGAUUCGCGAGCACCCUUAUCAAAGGGCUGGUGCUUUGUCGUGAAUCCGGAGAGCGCAAUCACAAUACUGUACGCGCCUCCGUGAAAAGGCUUGGAGUGCUAACAAUGGAAUCCACUCGCCCCGUGCUAACACCUGGACUCUGGAACAACAUCCGCGUUCGAUCGGUUCACCAACCAGAUGACCACCUUCGCCGUUCGCAUCACCAGCCCUGUUGUUCGUCAAGUUUAUCCAUCCUGUACCCUCUUCGUGUUUUUAAAAUUGUACAGCCUUGUUUAAAUUGCUUUGCUCGUUCCGCUAGCGUUCGUUUGUGCUGGCGUUUCCAACGUCAGUCAGGUAAUUAAGUCUCUGAUUGUGAGUUACUUACCGACGAAAAAGGAUCAAUUUUCAACAAAAAUCAAUCAGGUUCAUAAUUAAAUGCAUCUUUAUUUUUAACGCAAACAAAGCGAUAAUUUUGCAACAUUUUUUUAUUUCGAAGCAAAAUUACAAUCACUUCGGUUCUACUGCAUAAAUUUGAGAAAUUUGUGUGAAUUUCAAUGAAUCACCACUAUAAAAUUAAUGCAAUACCAACAUUAUUUAUUAUCAAUUCUUUUGCUUCUUAAACAUAACUAUUUUGCGAAGUACAUAGUUAUUCGACUAUUAUCUUUACGUAUGUACCAUCAUCAUUUUUUCACGUUAAAAUACUAACUUAUUUAUUAUUAAAAUACUAAAUUUCAAAUUUUUUCGUAUAAAAUGUUUCAAGGCGUGAUAUAACUAGAAAAUAAUAGAUUUUCAACUAUUGUUCAUUGAAUAAUCUACAAAAAAUCGCAUAUAUAUGCAUAAUUUGCAACAUGUAUAAUACAUGUAAAUAGCGCGUACAUCUAUAGAAAUUCUCCAUAGCAUAUAUCAUUAUGAAUUAUAUUCGCUAAAUUUGUGACAUGUCGUAAUGUGGAACAAUAGUACCUAUCUUUUAAGUAUCGUUCCAUUUAUCCUCUUACUGUUAUUAUUUCUUCUUCAUAUUACCUACAAUUUAAAUUGAAUAUUUGUAAAUCUUACUAUAUUUAGUAACGUCGAUGCUGAAACGUAUUUUUGCUAUAUAUGCAUAUGUACGUGUAAUUAAUGAAAGUUGAGUUUCUAAUAAUGUGCACAAUGAAACAUACAUAAAGACACUAUUCAUACAACAAACAGAAUCAUAAACGUUUGUUCUACGAAUUUUUAAUACCUUGUAACUUCUGAUUCCAUUAUAUGUAUAACACUUCUAGCUGAAUAAUGUUCUCAAAGGCGAUUGACUCGAUAUUACUUUAAUUUAAUUGACAUGUACGAAAAAUUAAAAUUUCAAUAAUACAUAUAUGUACAUAUGCUAUAUAUAUGUUCAUUUGUAUAAUGAAUAAGUAGGAAAUAUUCAAAAUUCUUACAAAUUAUUUUUCAAUUUAAUUUAUCAGUAAUAUAAGAAUCUCAUUUUUCUGUUAUAUCACACCUCUUAGAUGACAUAUAUACUAAAAAUUCAUUUUAAACAAUAUACAUGUUUCUAUUUAGUACAGUUUAUCACAAAUUAUAAAAUGAAGUUUUCUGCAUAAUAGCUAUAUCAAUUUUUUUAGUACUUACGUCCUUAUUAGAGCAAUAAAAUGAAUAGGGAGAGAAAAGGGGCUAAAAAUUUAAAUAACAUUAUGUAUUUUAUAUAACUUAGAAAAUAAUAUAUCCACAUGUAAUAGGUGCAAUAUAAAAUCAAAAUUUGUUUUCAUUUUGAUACUUUUUAAUUGAAACUGAAUAGUUUAACCCGCGAAAAGAACAAAUCUCUAAAUAAAAAUUUAAGAAUAUUUUUGUUUUAAUGUUAAGUGAGAGCUAUUUACAGAGAUAAAGUUUUACACCAGUAAUAGCAUGUUAAAUAAUUGUUAUAUUAAUAGACGAUGAACUAUAACAUAACACAAAAAUAUACAAUUUUACGUGUCAAAUUUAAUUAUAAUUAUUAUUUACUAGAUAUUUUGUAUCUAACUUUCUGAAUUUACAACUCAUUAAUUUGAUCAAGAAAAGCUAAAAAAAUCAAAAUAUAUUUGAAGAUAUUAAUUAAUUAUUAAGAAUAUAAAAUGUCUCUUUAAAUACGUAUAUUAGUUUGUUGUGUGGCUAGGAAGAAUCUCCACUUUUUAACAAAGAGAUACAUAUGUAAUAUUUUAUUCUUUUAUAAUUUGAAAAUUCUGUUAUGUAAUAUUACGGUGCAAUUUAUUUGUAAAAUAAUAGACUUUGAUCAUUUAUUGAAUAUUUUCAAUUUUACUUAUCUAGAUAAAUUCACAAAGAAACCAUUUAUUUUUCUUUCCUUUUUAUAAAUGUAGAUUAGGAAGGGUUGUUUAUAAAAACGAUAUUUCUACAAAUGGUGAGCAAUUUAAUUAAGACAAAGAACAGCAUAUGGAAGUUGUUUACUACCUUCAUCGUUAUUUGGAAUAUAUCUACAUUUAUAAUGUUAUAUAAUGAAGUUAUCUAUAUAUAAUAGAAGAGAGUGUUUAUAUGUGAGAUUGAUUUAUUUACCAGUCAAUAAUAUCAUUUAGAUAUACAAAUAAUAUUCUGUUAAUCAUUUAGAUUUGCCAUAUGUACAUGUAAUAAGAACUUUCUAUCAUGUUCAUUUGUGUAUAUUUGAUGAUCUGUGUAACAUGCUUGUACUUUAAACAAGCAUUUUGAACAUUUUCAACUAUAUAAGGACAAACAACUAUUACUUUGUGUAAAUAGAUUAUAAUUCAUGAUCUAAUCGUACUAAGAGUGAUCUGAAUUCUACUUAAGUUUAUAGCUUAAAGUAGUAUAUCCACUAUAUUUUAAUACAAUAUGUAAUUCAAAAUAAUGAUGCAAAAAAAACACAGAUAUUUUACAAAAGUACAUACAUAUGUAGGAGCGGGGGAAGUUGAAAAUUGAUGAAACUUUUGCCGUGUAUUUAGUGCAAUGAUGAUAUCAUUAAUAUAUACAUAUAUACAUAUAUAUAUAUACACACAUAUGUAUAUAUGUAUCUAUCUUUGAGUCACACAUAAAAUAAUAACAUAGAAAUAUAUACAUAUUUUACUUCUUAUUUGGUCUUAUAUAAAUGUCCUGGUUUUGAAAAUCACUAAAAUAUAUUCUUUGAUAUUUGGACCGAUUGGAUUGAAUUUGAUUGUUGGACUUUAAUACUAAGUAAAAUAUAAUAGUGCAUUAAAUAUUAAUUACCCUUUUUAAAUAAAAAAUAAUACAGAUUAUUUUUAGUGAAUGAUAUUAAUUACUGAUUAUGUAUUAAAAAUCUAUAUAUUAUUUGAUUGGAAUGAUAAUUAUAUAAUCAAAUUUUUAUCAUACUUUCCCUUAAUAAUAAAGGUUUUAAAACUGCAUCAUAGGGAGUAAAAGUGUUAUAAAUUUCAAAAAUUAAAAAGAUUUGUUUACAAUAAUCAAUAUAUAAUAUUCGACAACUUCUAGCAAUCUCAAACAAAAGUUCUUUCUUCUAUUUUUUCUUCUAUUGAUACUUUUUCUUCUAUUUUCUUAGAAACAAAAAAUUUUUAAUCUUACGUAUAUAUAAAUAUAUCAUAUAUAGAUUAUGAAAUACUUACAUUCAUAUGUAUCAUUACUAGAUUCAAGACGUUUGAUAUGUAUCUCAAAUUCGGCAAAAUUGUCUCUAUUUUUUAACUUUCCCU